UUUUGAUCACAUCCACAGCCAUGUUUGCUGCUCUUCGCUCGUCUGCCGUCCAAGUCGCUGCUCGCGCUGCUACCCGCCAGUCCCACCAGCCAACGCGCGCAUAUGUCACCAAGUCGCUCAUGUACACUGAGGCAAAGGAGUCGGAGCCCAACUUUUUGCAGUGCUCGCAAAUGUUCUUUGACCGCGCCGCUCAGAUCCACACUGAGAUCAAGCCCGGCCAGCUGCACAGCAUGAAGACGGUCGACGCCGUGCUCCGUGUCUCCUUCCCGAUGGAGACGGCCACCGGCGACUACGAGGUCAUCCACGCCUACCGUGCCCACCACUCGCGCCACCGCUCCCCGGUCAAGGGUGGCAUCCGCUACUCGCCCGAGGUCGAUCUGCAGGAGGUUGAGGCGCUCGCCGCGCUCAUGACCUACAAGUGCGCCGUCGUCGAUGUGCCGUUCGGCGGUGCCAAGGGUGGCAUUUGCAUCGACCCCAAGAAGUACACGGUCGACCAGCUCGAGCGCAUCACCCGUCGCUUCACCAUGGAGCUCUGCCAGAAGAACUUUAUUGGCCCCGGCAUUGACGUCCCCGCCCCCGACAUGGGCACUGGCGGUCGCGAGAUGACCUGGAUCAAGGACACGUACCAGCAGUUCAACUCGAGCGACGUUGACGCUCUUGCUUGCGUUACUGGCAAGCCCCUCACCCAGGGUGGUGUCCGUGGCCGCAACGAGGCCACCGGUCUCGGUGUCUACUAUGGCAUUCGCGAGUUCCUCACCUACGAGGAGGUCCAGAAGAAGACUGGCCUCACCGAGGGCAUCAAGGGCAAGCGCUUUGUCAUCCAGGGUGUUGGUAACGGCGUGCUACGACUCGGAUCGCUUCCUCACCGCGCCAACAAGUCCUUCCAGAACUACUCCAAGGACACCUUCAUCCCCGAAGGUGUUGAGGUUCUCGAGAUUGAGUGCGACAUUCUCAUCCCCGCCGCCUCCGAGCGCCAAAUCCACAAGGGCAACGCCCCCAACAUUCGUGCCAAGAUUGUCGGCGAGGCUGCCAACGGCCCGCUCACCCCCAACGGCCAUGACAUUCUCUCGGCCAAGGGCACCAUCAUCAUUCCCGACAUGCUCCUCAACGCCGGUGGUGUCACCGUGUCCUACUUUGAGUGGCUCAAGAACCUCUCGCACGUCCGCUUUGGCCGUCUCAACAAGAAGUGGGAGGAGCACAGCAAGAGCAAGCUCGUCGAGAUUAUCGAGGAGACCUCCAACCGCAAGCUCUCUGCUGGCGAGCGUCGCCUCAUCAUCCACGGAGCUAACGAGGCCGACCUCGUCUACUCUGGUCUUGAGGACACCAUGAUCAACGCCUGCAUGGAGACCCGCGUUACUGCCCUCAAGAAGGACUGCGACUACCGUACUGCUGCCUUCUACAAUGCCAUCCGCAAGAUUGCCAGCGUGCUCGAGGAGUCUGGCCAGCUCUUCUCCAAGUAA